AUGGUGGCCCUGUACGAUGCCUUUGGCUUUCCCAUUGUGCGCGACCAGCUCAUCGCCAACACGGUGCUGGUCGCCUUGGCCACUCUUGCGGUGCUUCUCCGGUUCAUCUCGCGGCAUAUCCGGAAGAGUAAGAUCUGGUGGGACGAUGGUUGCUGUGUAGGGUCCAUGCUGCACACAUACGGCAUGCUGGCAAUGCACUACCACUACGCUCGCGUCGGGAUGCGCAAGCACGUCACCGAGAUCCCUCCCGAGAACCUGGUGGCCAUGCUCAAGAUGCUGAUCGUCUACCAAGUCGUCUACUACAACGCCAUGGUCCUCGCCAAACUGAGCUAUCUCUUCUUCUACCUCCGCAUCUUCGUCACAAAGGGCUUCCGCAUCGCCGCCUGGGUCUGCAUGGGCUGUGCCUGUGCCUACUGGACCGGGAGCAUGCUCCAGAUCUUCUUCAUCUGCCAGCCCUUCCAGAAGAACUGGAACCCCACGCUACCGGGCCACUGCGCCAGCCAGAACGUGGCCUUCUCGACCAUCGGCGCCUUCAAUCUCAUCACGGACGUCAUGAUCAUGGUGUUGCCCCUGCACUUCAUCUGGAAGUUGCAGAUGAGCACUGCGACCAAGCUGGCCCUCUACGGUAUCUUUGGAUUGGGUCUUUUUAUCUCCGCGAUCACCAUCAUCCGCAUCCGCGUCCUUACCACCGUCGACUUCUUCGAUCUCCCAUACUCGAUGAUCUGGGCUGCGUUUUGGAGCGUCACCGAGCCGGCCCUGGCCAACUUGAACGCGUGCGUGCCGAUGCUCCGACCCGUCUUCAAGGCCGCGUUCCCGACCCUGUUUGCCAGCCGCAAAAUGUACUCUACGCAGCCGGGGUCUGGAGCCUCCGGGAUCAAGAACAAAGCUUUCAAGCGCAUGAACGAGGUCGAAAGUGACCUUCAGCUGACGAAUCUUACGCAGUUGGAGCCGGUUCGAACAAGCCGCGAGGGGAGAAUAUCGGAACAUGGCGACGACGGGUCGCACGAUGAUCGGUCCCAGGAUGGCCGUUCGCAGGAUGAGUCGACCCAUGUCCCGAGGAGUGUCAUUGUGAACAGGCCUUGGACUUAG